UCGCAAGACCAAAAAGACGUAUCACCGCCUAAGCUUGCUUUCUUUCUCUCAAACGUAACCUGCUCCGAGAAAAAAAAAAAAAAGCCUCAGCUUAGUCCGCGAUGGGAGGAUGUUACGGAUAUCUCACCUGACUGACAUCGAUUCUCUGCAACAUUUUUCUCUGACUGUUACACGCGACGCGUCAUUCUGAACGAAAACUUUUUUGCCGCCUUACAUUUUUUAAACAUAAAAUCCGUUAAAACUCAGUCGCGAUGGUUUUGCAGUGGCGUUAUGACAUCAGUGUGGAUCGGACACGUUUUAGUCGAAUAUCGCUGCACUUUAAUGCGUUUUGCGUGUGUUUGAUUUAAGGACAAAUCAUAGAAAGGUACUGUACGCAUUUUACUUGGUUCUUCUGUCUGUUUUCUUUAUUUAAAGAAAUAAUGCAGAAUAUCUAAGCAACAAGCGGCGCCAUACGAUGCGCACUUUCCCAAGGGAUAACGCAUCAUUAUUGCGCGGUGUUUUUGGAGAAAACCUCAACGUAUUCCCGCAUCAACCUUACUUUGGAAGGGUCUAUGGCCGUUAUUGAGAUCGAAUCUGUUUUUGUUCACCUAUAAAUACUGUGAAAGGUGUCUUUUUCUGUUUCCCAACGAUAAGGAGACAUGGCUUGCUUUCCAUGGCGGGUAUUUUGGAUAAUUCAAGCGCUUGUGGAUGUGACACUUUCGCAGGAAAUCUACGCUCCUCAUUCCAUCAGAAUUGAGGGGGAUUUGACCCUGGGUGGCCUUUUCCCGGUCCAUGCCCGCGGGGUCUCCGGGGAACCGUGUGGAGAUAUCAAGAAGGAGAACGGGAUACACCGGCUGGAGGCGAUGCUUUAUGCAUUGGACCAAAUCAACAGUGACGACGAGCUUUUGCCCAACAUCACUUUAGGCGCUCGGGUUUUAGACACAUGUUCGCGAGACACGUACGCGUUGGAGCAGUCGCUUACUUUCGUGCAGGCUCUCAUACAGAAAGACACGUCGGAUGUGAGGUGUACGAACGGAGAGCCCCCGGUGUUCGUCAAACCCGAAAAGGUGGUCGGAGUCAUAGGGGCUUCGGCGAGUUCAGUGUCCAUCAUGGUCGCAAAUAUACUGCGACUGUUCCAGAUUCCGCAGAUCAGCUACGCCUCCACCGCUCCAGAGCUGAGCGAUGACCGCCGAUACGAUUUCUUCUCUCGCGUCGUACCUCCCGACUCCUUCCAGGCGCAAGCCAUGGUGGACAUAGUGAAACUGAUGCGGUGGAACUACGUGUCUACAGUGGCCUCGGAGGGAAGCUACGGCGAGAAAGGAGUCGAGGCCUUCAUGCAGAUUUCCAGAGAAGCGGGUGAGUCUGACAAAACAAUAAACAAAGUCUUUGAAGAUAAAGCCCUGAAAAACUCAAAGCAGUCUCUGCAUAAGUAA